GACGUUUCCCUUACCUUCAAAUUCUGACAGUUUAACUCAGUCCCAUAAAAUUCCUGCUUUUACAAGCGUUGCAGAGAAUGACUUCUUUGAAAUUCCUCCAUUCAGGACAUCUACUUGACAUAUAAGAGUUCUUCAGUCAGUUCAGAAAUUAUCGAUCAAAAAAGUUAAUUGGAAUUAUAGUAUUAAGUUAAGUGAGCUAUUGACCUCACAAUGUUGAAAGGAGUUUAUUUGUUGUCCUUUUUGUUGAACGUUCACUUCUCAGAAUCAAUGGGUCGAGCCCCUUACUAUGCAAGUGGGGUAACACAGGAUGCGACUCUUUAUAAAAAUUUCAUUGUAUCAGUGAGAGAUGCAGAUGAUCCUAGACAGAGGCUAUGCUUGGGGACAAUUAUUAACAGGAAACUGAUAUUGACUGCAGCUCAUUGUGUUGUAGAUAAACAAGGCAAUAAACUGAAAGUUCAAAUCGUGGCUGGAACAUUCAUCGAAAAUUUCGAGUCCGAUCCUAAAGCUGUCAUUCGAAAUGUAUCUAGUAUCUACGUCCAUCCGAAUUAUGAGCAUAAAGCUGCGGCUAACGAUUUAGCUGUUUUAGAGUUGAAUAACACCCUGGAAUACUAUAAUACGAAUAUCACCUCAGCAGCGAUUUCUGAUCAAAUUCCAGACUAUCCAGAAUGCUAUGUUUUCGGUUGGGGCUGCAAUACCAACACAACACAUUUAUUCGAGAAGCUUCAGAUGAAAAUUAUGUUCAUAUAUGACCGCACUAAAUGCCAAAGAAGAUACGGUGCUAACUUUUAUGCGAAUGAACUCUGCGCAGAUAAUUCUGGAACAGUUUUCUGUGCUAACGACACUGGUGGACCAUUGAUCUGCAAGAAUAAAUUAGUGGCUGUUGUGUCGUAUCUUUCGGAUCAAGAAGUUUAUCCGAAUCUAUUUAUGUUGGUUUCUCGACAUAUUGGAUUCAUACAUAAUCCAGUUGGAAUGAUGCAGUUUUACUCAACAGCGUCCAAGAUAAAAGUAAAAAUUUCGGAAAUUCUUUUUAAGUAUGACGUAAUUGAAUUUUCCACUGCUUUCAUUUUAAUGCUUUUAUAUUUAUUUUGUUUCUAAAUUGUGGAAGUUGCAACCCUCUGAAAAAUAUUAUAUGAUCUAAGAACUAUAUUUUAUAGAAAUAAAUUAAAAGUAUUAUUUUUACGA